AUGAAGUUGACGCCAAAGGCCGAUGGGUGGAACGUGACCGAUCUGACGAUGACCCGCGGCGGCUCACUGACGGCAUCGUACCAGCUUGGCGGAUGCGUGUAUGCGCUCAGCGGAUCUGUAGUCUCUUUUGAGCGGGUCCACUUUGUCGACUGCCAGCUCGAUGGUAUAGCUCUACCCAAGUACAUGGGCGGUGCACUGGCGACGACUGGCGUGGGGACUUCGGUGGAGAUGGUAGACGUGGAGAUGCGCGGGUGCCGUGCUGGUGGCGUUGCCAACGGCGAGGGUGGGGCGCUGUCGAUCGGCCAGGACACAACGCUAACGGCUGGCGGCAUCAAGAUCACCAACUCGAGUUCUGGCGGGACCGGCGGCGGACUGUGGUCGAACGCGGCGACGGUCAACAUUGUCGGUGCUGGUGCUGUUGUCGCCAAUUGCUCGGCCGCCCUCAACGGUGGUGGCCUAAGGAUUCAGUGGACGUCCACGUGGGCAGUGUCUGCGCCACUCACUGUGUCUGGAAACAUCGCUGGCGCGCUGGGUGGUGGCAUCUCGCUUUCCGGCCUUGCUUGCGCUGGCUCGCUGGCCGGCGCUAUUGUCACUGGCAACACUGCGGGAGAGUGCGGCGGCGGCAUCCAUUGGACCGUCAAAGCGCCAAUGACUCUGGUCAACGGUGUUGUGAGCGGCAACCGCGCAGCCAACGGGUCUGGGAUCUGCUUCCACGACUUUCGCCCGUCGACAGGCGUCCGAAUUAUCGACUCGGUUGUCUCGGGCAACGAAGCAUCGGGCUAUGGUGGUGGAGUCUACUUUGGCAUGGGUGUCGGAUCACCAGACGGUGCGCCGGGCACUGUGGACACAGCAGGAACCCGCAGCUGCGGCAACUUUGGCGCGCUGGCACACGGUGUGGAUGUGUGGUGUGGCGGGGCGUCGCGGAUGAUCAACCCCAUUGUGGGCGGAUGCACGCCAGGAGCGAUGCGGCUGAAGCGGACGCGCGCCACGCCCGAGGUGCCAGACUUUGUUGCGAGCGGGACGUACUCGCUUGACAUGCCUGUGUAUCAAUCGCCGGACGAGGCGUAUCCGGCGCAGACGGUGUUAAUUCCGUGCACGGUGGUGGACGCCAGGACGCUCGAGUUUGUGUCUGUGGAGUCGAACCACACUGGAUACCACGAACUCAAGCUUGCGGUGGGCGGAAGUGCGAGCAGGGUGCGGCUGACGUCGCUGAUCACGUACGUAGAGCACCAGUGCUUCGACGAGGGCACGGUGUGGUACGGGCAGCGGUGCCAAGACUGCUCCAAGUUCAAGGGCGCGUUCUGUCCCGGCGGGACGCGGUUUUGGCCGCGGGCCGGGUACUGGUCGGCAGAUGAGGCGCAGCCGCCGACACAGUGUCGGCUGAAGGCGGCGUGUCCGGGUGCAAUGGGUGACAACAACGUGUAUCCUGCGCGUGUGGACGAGGGCGGACGGCGGCUGACGACACAGUGCUCAAGCGGGUAUGCGGACGCGUUCUGCUCGACGUGCAAGGUGGGAUACUACCAAGAGUACGGAGUGUGCCGUGCGUGCGGGUCUAGCGCGUCUGUGGAGACUGAGAUGGCGCUGAUGCUUGUUGUUGCGGGCGGGUAUUUUGUUGUUGUGCUUGUGGGGCUGUUCUGGCUCUCGCCGCGGUCGCUGGUGGGAGUUGUGGCUGUUGUGCUCGCGGUGCAGCAGAUGGUGAUUGUGGCCAAGGUCGCACUGCAGCAAGUGGCGGAGAGCACGAAGAGCGAGGUUGUGCCGACGAUUGUGCGUGUGCUGUCUAUUCUCAACUUUGAGAUCCAGGUUGUGAAGCCAGGAUGCGCGAUUUCGGCCAUGUCGUUUGUGUCGCUGUACUUUGGGACGCUGCUUGUUGUGUGCGCGGCGGGGAUCGGGUUCCUUGUUGUGGUUUGGCUGCGGACGCGGGUGUGUGGGUCUGGGUCGCAGCUGCAGCUGGCGAGGCAGGCGCCUGUGUCGCAGUCUGUACUCGACCUUGUGGAGGCCGAGCGACGUGGGGCCGGGCGGCAUGGUCCGCGUGCGGAGCGCAACUCGAUAUCGAUUGUGUCGGAGCGGCUGACAGCGAUCGACACGGCGUCGACUCGGUCGGACUCGACGGUGAGCAGCGGAUCGCUUGUGUCUGCGCUGUACGUGCGGUCACGGCUGAAGCACUCGCUGGUGAUUCUGGGCGCGCUGGCAUACCUGCAGAUUGCACUGCGGAGCGUACAGGCACUGCACUGCGUGCGCGCCGGUGACGGCGAGCUGCGGCUCAAGGUGGAGCUGCGAGUGGUGUGUUACAGCGGGGCACAUAUGCAAGCAGCGGUUGUGGCAUGGGGCGUGAUGGCUGGCUACUGCGUGGGGUUCCCUGUGUGGAUCGGAGUGACGGGGGUGCAGACGCUGCGCAAGGUGAAGGGCCUGCAUGCCGCGGUGAUUGAUCUUGCGCUGCAGUCGUACGGGCUUUUGCUGCGCGGGCUCAAGCCGACGUACUUUUGGUUCCGUGCUGUGCAGGUUGCGGCGACGCUGUCGUUCAUUGCGGAGACUGUGACUAUUGCAGAGGAUGGGAUGCGGAUGUUUGCGUGUGCGAUGAACUUUGUGGGCGUGACGGCGAUUGUUGUUGUGCUCAACCCGUUUGUAGGGUGGCUCCACACGUGGCUGGCGGUGGGGACGGGAGUGGCAGGAACGGGGCAACUGCUGUACUUUCUGUUUGCGGAGAACAGUGGGCUGUUUGCGGUCGGCGCGAUUGUGAGCGGGGCCGUAUUUGCUGUGCUUGCCGGGAUCGGGCUGUGGCGUCGGCGUCGGGAGCGUGGCAAGGGCGAGCGGAUGAUCGCGCCGGCUCGUGGAGGAGAUGGGACCGAGUCCCCACUGGUGCUGGCGUCGCUGCCGUCGCAACUUGGCGUUGUGGAUGAGGAAUCACCUGCGACGUCAGACACUGACGACGUGGAGGUGCUUGAUGCGUCGUUGGCGUCGUCGUCGUCGUCGUCGUCGUUGGGCUCGACUGUGAACCUUGUGAUCACAUCGGCAAACGUGUCGCGUGCUGACAACGUCGCGGUUGGCCUGGGUACGACGUCUGAGUCGCAGUCGCGGUCGGGUGACCAUGGAAUGGGAAGCAAGACGAUGUCCUUGACCCUUGCCGGCGCCGGUGCUGGGAGCACGGUCAUUGACUGCGGGUUCCCGGACAUGCCCAUUAUGACGUUUGCGCCCAUGGCCGACGGGUGGAACGUGACCGACCUAACGCUGCGGCGCGGCGGAUCGCUGGCGGCGACAUACUCGUCAGGCGGAUGUGUGCACGCGAUGAGUGCAUCUGUGGUGACCUUUGAACGAGUUCAUUUCGAGGACUGUGUGCUCGAUGGUGGGCUUGCCAGUUACCAGGGCGGGGCGAUGAUGACGAACGGAGCAGGCGGGGUGGUGACGCUCAACGAUGUGGUUGUGCGCAACACGAGGGCCGGCGGGAGUGCACCAGGCGAAGGCGGAGGGAUUGCUGUGGGGCAGGACACGACGCUUGUGGCGAACGGGUUGCGGGUAGAGGGCUGCAGUGCUAGUGAUGCCGGCGGCGGGAUCUGGGCGAAUGCUGCGACGGUGAAUGUGAUUGGAGCCGGGCUGACGCUUGUGGGCAACACGGCGGCAAAGGUUGGUGGCGGCAUGGUGAUCAAAUGGACGACGACGGUGUCUGUGACUGCGGCGCUCAAUGUGACUAGCAACAGCGCUGUCCGCGCGGUGGACUCUGUUGUGUCGGACAACGUGGCGACGGGUUACGGCGGUGGUGUGUACUUUGGAGGCAGUGGGAUUGCAACGAUUGAGCGCGUUGCGGUCGUGGACAACACAGCGAUGAUGCAAGGAUCAGGUGUAUUUGUCGGUCGCGAUAUGAGCCCAUCGAUUCUGGCAUGCAACAUUAGCCGCAACUUGGCGCCGACUGGGGCCGGGUUUGCGAUUGCAGACGGUGCGCCGGGCACUGUGGACACAGCAGGAACCCGCAGCUGCGGCAACUUUGGCGCGCUGGCACACGGUGUGGAUGUGUGGUGUGGCGGGGCGUCGCGGAUGAUCAACCCCAUUGUGGGCGGAUGCACGCCAGGAGCGUACUGCCGUCGUAGCGACGGCGCUUGCCCGCUGAGUGGCAGCACGUGCAUGUCUGCGUGCCCGGGUGGAUGGGAUGGGCCGCGGUGCACGGUCAAGACCAACUGCGCGAGCGAUCCAGGUGAGGGAGUGUGCACAAGCUGUGCGCCCGGAUUUGACGUCGUGACGAGUUUGGAUGCGCGAUACGGGACGUGUGUGGUGGCUGCUAGUCCGCCGCCAUCGCCAUCGUUCCCGGCGCCGCCGCCAUUCCCAUCCCCGCCGCCGCCGAUGCGGGCCAAAGAGCCACAGCCGGUGGUGUGGACGCUCAGUCCGUCGGUCUCGCCAUACGCGGGCGGAAUCAGGAUGCGGCUGAAGCGGACGCGCGCCACGCCCGAGGUGCCAGACUUUGUUGUGAGCGGGACGUACUCGCUUGACAUGCCUGUGUAUCAAUCGCCGGACGAGGCGUAUCCGGCGCAGACGGUGUCAAUUCCGUGCACGGUGGUGGACGCCAGGACGCUCGAGUUUGUGUCUGUGGAGUCGAACCACACCGGAUACCACGAGCUCAAGCUUGCGGUGGGCGGAAGUGCGAGCAGGGUGCGGCUGACGUCGCUGAUCACGUACGUAGAGCACCAGUGCUUCGACGAGGGCACGGUGUGGUACGGGCAGCGGUGCCAAGACUGCUCCAAGUUCAAGGGCGCGUUCUGUCCCGGCGGGACGCGGUUUUGGCCGCGGGCCGGGUACUGGUCGGCAGAUGAGGCGCAGCCGCCGACACAGUGUCGGCUGAAGGCGGCGUGUCCGGGUGCAAUGGGUGACAACAACGUGUAUCCUGCGCGUGUGGACGAGGGCGGACGGCGGCUGACGACACAGUGCUCAAGCGGGUAUGCGGACGCGUUCUGCUCGACGUGCAAGUUCCGGGUUGUGAAGCCAGGAUGCGCGAUUUCGGCCAUGUCGUUUGUGUCGCUGUACUUUGGGACGCUGCUUGUUGUGUGCGCGGCGGGGAUCGGGUUCCUUGUUGUGGUUUGGCUGCGGACGCGGGUGUGUGGGUCUGGGUCGCAGCUGCAGCUGGCGAGGCAGGCGCCUGUGUCGCAGUCUGUACUCGACCUUGUGGAGGCCGAGCGACGUGGGGCCGGGCGGCAUGGUCCGCGUGCGGAGCGCAACUCGAUAUCGAUUGUGUCGGAGCGACUGACAGCGAUCGACACGGCGUCGACUCGGUCGGACUCGACGGUGAGCGGCGGAUCGCUUGUGUCUGCGCUGUACGUGCGGUCACGGCUGAAGCACUCGCUGGUGAUUCUGGGCGCGCUGGCAUACCUGCAGAUCGCACUGCGGAGCGUACAGGCACUGCACUGCGUGCGCGCUGGUGACGGCGAGCUGCGGCUCAAGGUGGAGCUGCGAGUGGUGUGUUACAGCGGGGCACAUAUGCAAGCAGCGGUUGUGGCAUGGGGCGUGAUGGCUGGCUACUGCGUGGGGUUCCCUGUGUGGAUCGGAGUGACGGGGGUGCAGACGCUGCGCAAGGUGAAGGGCCUGCAUGCCGCGGUGAUUGAUCUUGCGCUGCAGUCGUACGGGCUUUUGCUGCGCGGGCUCAAGCCGACGUACUUUUGGUUCCGUGCUGUGCAGGUUGCGGCGACGCUGUCGUUCAUUGCGGAGACUGUGACUAUUGCAGAGGAUGGGAUGCGGAUGUUUGCGUGUGCGAUGAACUUUGUGGGCGUGACGGCGAUUGUUGUUGUGCUCAACCCGUUUGUAGGGUGGCUCCACACGUGGCUGGCGGUGGGGACGGGAGUGGCAGGAACGGGGCAACUGCUGUACUUUCUGUUUGCGGAGAACAGUGGGCUGUUUGCGGUCGGCGCGAUUGUGAGCGGGGCCGUAUUUGCUGUGCUUGCCGGGAUCGGGCUGUGGCGUCGGCGUCGGGAGCGUGGCAAGGGCGAGCGGAUGAUCGCGCCGGCUCGUGGAGGAGAUGGGACCGAGUCCCCACUGGUGCUGGCGUCGCUGCCGUCGCAACUUGGCGUUGUGGAUGAGGAAUCACCUGCGACGUCAGACACUGACGACGUGGAGGUGCUUGAUGCGUCGUUGGCGUCGUCGUCGUCGUCGUUGGGCUCGACUGUGAACCUUGUGAUCACAUCGGCAAACGUGUCGCGUGCUGACAACGUCGCGGUUGGCCUGGGUACGACGUCUGAGUCGCAGUCGCGGUCGGGUGACCAUGGAAUGGGAAGCAAGACGAUGUCGUUCGAGCGGCUUCCAGCGAGACGGCGGACAGCAACCGGACGGAGUCGACUUCGCACCACGACGCCGCGGCUGCGACGAAAGUAA